UAGUUGCAGUAGAAUGGGUGACCCCUCCUUCAUGGAUAAAGCUGUAGAAGUGGGCUUGUCUGGUAUAAGAAAAGGAGAAGGAGAGCCGUUUGCAGCUGUGGUAGUAAGAAACGGAGAGAUUGUGGGGCAGGGAACCAACAGAAUCACAAUUAACAUGGACCCAACAGCGCAUGGAGAAGUUGAGGCUAUUAGGGAUGCUUGUAAGAAUCUAGGUACAGUUUACCUAACAGGAUGUGAUCUCUACACAACAUGUCUACCAUGUCCCAUGUGUUUUGGAGCAGCUCACUGGUCUGACAUUAGGACUGUUUACUACGGGGCAGACACUGCAGAUGCAACACAGUUCGGCUUCGGUGGACAAGAAGAGAUAUACAAGGAGAUUAAGUUGGAUAUUGAAGAUGGUGGGGGAAAGAUUCCGUUUGUGCAGGUAGCACGGACAACAGCGCUGAAGUUGUUUGAAGAAUGGAGGGAAAAUGAAGAAAAAGGACAGAAUUGA